AUGUCUAGUAUUCUAAUCGUUGGAGCUACUCGAGGCCUAGGAGCCUCUCUACGCGCACUAUACUCAUCCAAGCCAGCCACCCAUGUAUAUGCAACAGCACGUUCAUCAACCCCUGAACCAAGCCCAGGAGUCACCUGGCUAACAGGCGUGGAUGUGUCCCAACCAGACGUGGGUCAGAAGCUUAUCUCGCGACUUCCAUCAGCAAAGCUUUCAACCGUCAUCAUCUCAGCGGGAUACUUUGGGUUCGAAACAUUCGAUUCCCCAGACUGGGAUAAGCAAGUGCAGAUGUAUACCACAUCUGCGAUCGGUCCUGUCUUUGUGGUGCAUAAUCUGGUCAAGGCGGGCUUACUGGAUCAGGGGAGUAAAGUGAUACUGGUUAGCAGUGAGAGCGGGAGUAUCACGCUUCGUCAUGAGAAAGAGGGCGGAGGCAACUUUGGUCAUCAUGCUAGUAAGGCGGCUUUGAAUAUGGUUGGAAAGCUUUUGAGCUUGGAUUUGAAGCCUAAGGGGAUUGCUGUGGGAUUGGUUCAUCCUGGUUUUAUGCGGACAGAGAUGACCAAGAGUGUUGGGUUUGAUAAGUAUUGGGAUGCAGGGGGAGCUGUCACCCCAGAUGAAGCAGCGCAAUCCCUUGCGUCUUUCAUCGAAGGUUUUGAUAUCAACAGGACAGGGGAAUUUUGGGCACCGAGAGGGCCAAACGAUAUUGGCACAGCCGAAGAUGUUCUUGGAAAGAACCUGCCAACCCCUUUGCAGUUGCCAUGGUAA